GCUCCCGGGGUUUGUUGACAGCGGAGGCGGCGGCGGCUGCAAGCUCCGAGCUGUAGGAGCCGGAUCGGGGGAGGGGCCGGGCCCGGGAGCCAGCACCCGGCGACCCACAGCCCCGCCGGCAGCCCUAAGGGCGAGGUAACGGCCGCGGGGUCCGCGUCGCGACCCCCUCCCGCCCGGGGCCUCAGUCCCCGGAAUCCCAAGCUCCGCCCCGCCGACCCGGUCUCCCCCGGACCCCGGCCCUAGCCUGAGGAGAUCCCCAACCUCCUGAGGCGCUCUGGCCCCGGACUCUCCGGGGCUCCAUCCUCCGCUCUUCCUCGCCUACGAAGCAUCCUGUCCGCCUCCCAACGCAGAGGGCAGACCCAUCCCAGGGCUGUGGCUCUGCCAAUGAUCCUGUGAGUGUUGGGGAAUUACUGUUGCCCCUGGGGGCCCUUGUCCUGGAGUGGCCCACCUGCCUGCCCCCAGCAUGGCGUCCGACACUCCUGAGUCCCUGAUGGCCCUCUGUACUGACUUCUGCUUGCGCAACCUGGAUGGCACCCUGGGCUACCUGCUGGACAAGGAGACUCUGCGGCUACAUCCGGACAUCUUCUUGCCCAGCGAGAUCUGUGACCAGCUCGUCAAUGAGUAUGUGGAGCUGGUCAACGCCGCCUGCAACUUUGAGCCACAUGAGAGCUUCUUCAGCCUCUUCUCGGACCCCCGCAGCACCCGUCUCACCCGCAUCCACCUCCGGGAGGACCUGGUUCAGGACCAGGACCUGGAAGCCAUUCGAAAGCAGGACCUGGUGGAACUGUACCUGACCAACUGCGAGAAGCUGUCUGCCAAGAGCCUACAGACGCUGAGGAGCUUUAGCCACACCCUGGUGUCCUUAAGCCUCUUCGGCUGUGCCAACAUUUUCUAUGAGGAGGAGAACCCAGGGGGCUGUGAAGACGAGUGCCUCGUCAACCCCACCUGCCAGGUGCUGGUUAAGGACUUCACCUUCGAGGGUUUUAGCCGCCUCCGCUUCCUCAACUUGGGCCGCAUGAUUGAUGGGGUCCCUGUGGAGUCCCUGCUGCGGCCACUCAACUCGCUGGCUGCCUUGGACCUCUCAGGCAUUCAGACAAGCGAUGCUGCCUUCCUAACCCAGUGGAAAGACAGCCUGGUAUCCCUCGUGCUCUACAACAUGGACCUAUCGGAUGACCACAUCCGUGUCAUUGUCCAGCUGCACAAGCUGCGACACCUGGACAUAUCCCGAGACCGCCUCUCCAGCUACUACAAGUUCAAGCUGACUCGGAAGGUGCUGAGCCUCUUUGUGCAGAAGCUGGGGAACCUGAUGUCCUUGGACAUCUCUGGCCACAUGAUCCUGGAAAACUGCAGCAUCUCCAAGAUGGAAGAGGAAGCAGGGCAGACCAGCAUCGAACCUUCUAAGAGCAGCAUCAUGCCUUUCCGGGCUCUGAAAAGGCCACUGCAGUUCCUCGGGCUCUUCGAGACCUCCCUGUGCCGCCUCACGCACAUUCCGGCCUACAAAGUAAGUGGUGACAAAAAUGAAGAGCAGGUGCUGAAUGCCAUCGAGGCCUACACAGAGCACCGGCCUGAGAUCACUUCCCGGGCCAUCAACCUGCUUUUUGACAUCGCACGCAUCGAGCGCUGCAAUCAGCUGCUGCGGGCCCUGAAGCUGGUCAUCACGGCCCUCAAGUGCCAUAAGUAUGACAAGAACAUCCAAGUGACGGGCAGCGCUGCCCUCUUCUACCUGACCAAUUCCGAGUACCGCUCAGAGCAGAGCGUCAAGCUGCGCCGGCAGGUCAUCCAGGUGGUGCUGAAUGGCAUGGAAUCCUACCAGGAGGUGACGGUGCAGCGGAACUGCUGCCUGACCCUUUGCAACUUCAGCAUCCCCGAGGAGCUGGAAUUCCAGUACCGCCGGGUAAACGAGCUCCUGCUCAGCAUCCUCAACCCCACACGGCAGGAUGAAUCGAUCCAGCGCAUCGCUGUGCACCUGUGCAAUGCCCUGGUCUGCCAGGUGGACAACGACCACAAGGAGGCUGUGGGCAAGAUGGGCUUUGUUGUGACCAUGCUGAAGCUGAUUCAGAAGAAGCUUCUGGACAAGAUAUGUGACCAGGUGAUGGAGUUCUCGUGGAGCGCCCUGUGGAACAUCACGGAUGAGACGCCCGACAACUGCGAGAUGUUCCUCAACUUCAAUGGCAUGAAGCUCUUCCUGGACUGCCUGAAGGAAUUCCCAGAGAAGCAGGAACUGCAUCGGAAUAUGCUGGGACUUUUGGGAAAUGUAGCAGAGGUAAAGGAGCUGAGGCCUCAACUAAUGACUUCUCAAUUCAUCAGUGUCUUCAGCAACCUGCUAGAGAGCAAGGCUGACGGGAUCGAGGUUUCCUACAAUGCCUGUGGCGUCCUCUCCCACAUCAUGUUUGAUGGGCCUGAGGCCUGGGGUGUCUGUGAACCCCAGCGGGAGGAGGUGGAGGAGCGCAUGUGGGCAGCCAUCCAGAGCUGGGACAUCAACUCACGGAGAAAUAUCAAUUACAGGUCGUUUGAGCCAAUUCUCCGCCUCCUUCCCCAGGGCAUCUCUCCCGUCAGCCAGCACUGGGCAACCUGGGCCCUAUACAACCUCGUAUCUGUCUACCCGGACAAGUACUGCCCCCUGCUGAUCAAAGAAGGUGGGAUGCCCCUUCUGAGGGACAUGAUCAAGAUGGUGACCGCACGGCAGGAGACCAAGGAAAUGGCCCGCAAGGUGAUUGAGCACUGCAGUAACUUUAAGGAGGAGAACAUGGACACGUCCAGAUAGAGGCCUCCGCCCCACUGCUCUGGACCACAGGCCGGGAGGAAGGAGGCUUGAGCCGCCCAGCGGGCAGACCCCCUUCUGGGGCCUCCCAUGGGACAAAGAGACACAGGGGACUUUUGCACAACCGACGCUUUUCCUUAACAUUAGUGAGAUAUAUAUAUAUUAUAUAUAUAUAUUAUUUUUUUUGGUUAGGAAGUGUGAAGUUUUGUGUGUAUGAUUUCUGUACAAAAACAAAAGAAACACUCCCUGAGUCCUGCAGCUUCCUUGGCCAUUCUCGAACCCAACUCAAAGCCUUCAUCGCUGCCACACUCACUCCUACCCCAACCAGACUAAAGGCCUAUAAUUUUGUGAGUGUCCGGUCCUUUUCCAGUGAACUCAGGCCACGGCCUGGCUUCCUAUUACGAGAGGAGCAGGCCUUUCCCAGCCUACUCCGGCAUCCUGACCCCCAUCCCAGCCCGAGAGCCCCAUCUCAGCUCCUGGGCGUGGCUGAUGGGGUUUGGGGAUUAAAACUAACCCCACUGGGUCUCCCAAAUGCCUUGGUGCUCCCAGCUGUGGGCCAUCUGGGGCAAGAAAGCGAGCUGUUCCAGGCCUAGGUCCAGGCAGCCCUGCCCCAGAGACCUCAAGGAGCGGGGGUGCCCAGUGGCCCUGCUGCUCUCGGGCCAGGCCUGCCUGAGGCCACGCUGCUAUGGAGGCUGCCUCCUAGUCUCCCACCAGGUCCCAGGCUGUGGAAGGCCCCAGCCCAGGGGUGGUCAGAACUCAGCGGCAGAUUCCACUGCCCCUUCUGCCAAACACAUCCAGAACCUGUCCCCAGCUCUGGACGCCAGCACCUCCCGGGACCAGGGGCCUGCUGCCUCGCUCCAUGGCCCUCAUCUGCCCCCAAGCACCCGAGGUGCCCAGGCACUCCCACCAGCAGAACUGAGCCUGCCUCCCCCACCCCAGCCUGCCUGGCUGCCCUGAGGACCCCACACCUCUCUCAGAGGCAGGAGGUCCCCUCUCCAGUCUUGCACUCACAGCGGCCACAGCCAGCCACCUCCAGACCAGCACUUGGACUGCUCUGCAGUGGCCGCUCGGCCCUCCUUAGCCCCUCCCACCCUGCCCCAAGCUUUACCUUGGAAACCUGCGUGCUGUGUUUCAGAGAAGUGUGAGAGGCAGCUGUAUCCCUAAAUACCCUGUGCUUCUUUCUCGGUGUAACUCUGAAUUGCUUCACAUCCAACACACUUGCAGAAGCGUGGGCCUGGGGAGCAGAGCUGACCCUGGAGGCAGCCUUCAGGCAAUGGCUUUUUCUUCCCGCUUCCUUCCCUGGGCCUGUGUUUGUUCCCCUAGCAUUUCUGCUCCAGGUAGAACAGGCCAGGCGAGCAGCCCCCGGGGAGAAGCACCUGGCCUUUUCUCCUGGAGCUUCUCCCUCCUGGCCCGGGGACGAGGGCAGCAGCCCUGCAUCCCCCCAGCUUGGCCAGGUGGCCUGCGUCUGUCCUUCCCUUCCAUCCCAUGCUGGAGGCCCCAGCCAGACCCUGGGCAGAGCUCACAUCACAUCGCUUUACCACCUGGGGCCUGGGGAAAUGUCUGUACUUUGGGGAUGUCACAGAAAUACAUUUUUGUGCAAAGUG